AUGUCAUGUCGCUUCUUACUUUUUUUCUUAUUCAUUAUUCCUCCAAGUUUUUCGUCAAUACAUAUAUCUCCUAAUCAAAACCAAUUACAAUAUAGUUUCAUAAAUACAGAUUCAAAUCCAAGACACGAACGAGUGAGACGACGCACUGUACCGGACACAUUUCAAAUACAUAUUCAUUAUGAUAUCAGUGUGCAAAAAUUACAUAAAGACGAACAACGAUUGAUUAAGAACGCGGUUGAACAAGCAACGGACUAUUGGAGUAAAACAAUCCGACCAAAAUAUAAACUGAACGAUCGGAUUCGCUUGACGAGACAAUGCCCGUCAAGGAAAAUGUUCAUUGUGGAGAAUGAUUAUACAAUACAUUAUUGCUCAGAGAAAUGUUUAGAUGUGACGAAAUGUGGUGAUAUUAUAGUACCGGAUGAACAUUUACAACAAUGCCAUGUGUGUAGUAAAGAGAAAAAAUGUAACCGAAUUGGAACGAAAGGGGAAGGUGUUGACGCCGAAUUUAUUCUGUAUGUCUCCGCGCUCGAAACAACUCGAUGUCAACCAGUAGACACGUUAGCGACAGCAUCUUUUUGCCAAUUGGAAGCAGAUAGGGACAGACCGAUAGCCGGUAAUAUCAAUGUAUGUCCACGACGUUUGAAAGAAGAACGGAACUGGAUAGACUUCGAUUGGCUAGUUAGUACAAUCAAACACGAAAUUCUACAUACUUUGGUAUUUUCUUCGGGCCUAUUCGCAUUCUUUCGAAAUAGUAAUGGAGAACCAUUAACAGAACGUGAUCCUGCUACGAGAUGGCCGCGAGUUUAUGACGAACAACUGCAAGUGUACACACCAAGUGAAAACGUAUUAAAAAACUUAACCAGAUCCGGCUGGAAAAUUCGUGAUGGAACGAUCGAUAAAGAAAUAUGGCUGAUAGUCACACCGAAAGUUCAGGCGGUCGUGCGUGAUCAUUUUGCUUGUCCAACGCUAGAAGGUGCUGAACUGGAAGAUCAAGGUAGUACAGGUACAGCAUUGACUCAUUGGGAAAAACGACUCUUCGAACAUGAAAUAAUGACUGGAACAUACACACAAGAAUCAGUGAUAUCUAAUUUAACCUUAGCUUUACUGGAGGAUAGCGGAUGGUACGAUGUUUCUUACGAAUACGGCAAACCUUUACUGUGGGGUCGUCACCUUGGCUGUGAUUUUGUCAAAACAAGUUGUAAACAAUGGAUUGAUACAAAACUUGAACAGAAGCAGAGUCCCUAUCCAUUCUGUACGCUCGCCUCGAAGCCUAAUCAAUCCAAGCGCAUCUGUGCUUAUACAUAUGAUAAAAUAGUCAUGUGUAACUUAAUCGAAUAUCAAACAGCGCUACCACGGCAAUAUCAGUUGUUUGAUUCACUUCCGAAUAUUACUGAUCCGAAUGAACUCGCGCGAUAUGGUGGACAUGUUAUGUUAGCUGAUUAUUGCCCAUACAAUCAAGAAUUGACAUAUCGAAAUACAAACCGUGAUUCUCGUUGCUAUCGAUCGGAAAACCAGCCACCAAGCAAGGAAAACUACGCAUUGGAAAAAUAUUCUCCAGAAUCGAAAUGCUUCGAUCAUGGUUCAACAUGGGAACAAUAUGUUGAUCAAUGUCAACGACGACGUCGCAUUUGGCCACAAACGGCUGGAUGUUAUCAGUUUGAAUGUGUAUCAUCCCGAGGAAUUUAUGUCCAUAUUGGCCAGGAAAGAUAUCUAUGUGAAUAUUCAGGUCAAAACAUCACUCUGAUCAUGAGCGAGAACAAUUCAAUAUAUGUCGGCUCAAUCAUUUGUCCCGAUUGUCAGAUUAUGUGCGGCUCAAUGAACAACUUUCAAUGUCCAUCAUUGAAGACUCAACAACAAUCACUAUCAAACACUCGUUUAACUUUGCAGAAUCUCUGUGGAAGAUUACAGCGUGACAGUCAGCAAUAUAAGUCAGAUACGAAUGCUCAAUUAUACACAUCACGAUGGUCGUUAUAUUUUAUCUCUUUUGCUUUUCUCUUCCUGCGUCAAAAUUUAUUGUAA